GUGCUUUGCGUUCACACCCACCAUGCUCUCUCCGCUCGCUCUCGAGCAACACUGAUGGAGUCGUCGGAUCGCAAGCAGACGUACGUGGCGGCAACGACGUUCAAAUUGAAGCCACGUCGCUCCACUUCGACGCCGGAUCGUCGCCGCGAUGAGAGCGAGCGGGUAGCGUUUCGACGGUAUCGCUCGUCGUCCGUCAUGUUGGAGAACGCCGGACGGUCGGUUGGAGUGCGGACGACGACACCCGGUGUGCGUGCGAGGGGCACCCAUGUGAGUAGUGUUUCCAUUUCACUUGGAAGGGGAACAACAGGGAGGGCUACGUCAGAACCGCGAGAUGGUGGCUCGUCUUACAGUGCGGAACCUGUGGCAAAUUAUCGGCUCGUAUCAGGACAAAUAGCGAGCAAACAUUUGGAGAACGUCGCUGCGUCAAACGACGUGGUGAAAAUCGACAAACUGGAGGUGGGGUCAGUCGUGAAAGAGCCAAAUAGAGUCAACAAACAACGAGCCGACGACGGAGAUGGUCGAUGCGGUUUCGACGACUCUGAAGCGAUUGUUGACGAGGAAGCGGGACGUCCCGCUGCGUUUCAGCGCACUGUUGUCGUUUCUCGAAAACGAGUCGACGUCGAUAUAUCGAGCGGUGACCUCCGACGGACCGUCAGCGAGUCGAAUGUCGGUCUGACUGCCACAAUGGCGAGCGGUUCGUCUCCUGAAGACGAGGAUGAAAGCGAAUUUCGUCGUCGGGACGUGCGUAGCGACAUUGUGGUGUCGUCGGGUGAAUCGCAAACUAGCUGUCGUUGUGUGAAUGAAAGUUGUGAGAGUGUGGUUGUGCGGAGUGAAUGUGGUGAUGAGGAAUCCCCGGAUAUUGACGAUAGUGUGUUGGGCAAGCGUCGGUCUUCCAGUUCUAAUUAUGACGUCAUCUCGAAUUUGUGUGAGGACACCGGGUUUGGUGAAGAGAUGAUGCAUACGUAUCAUACACUAGAGGCAGCAUUACUGAAUGAGAAAGGAUCCGGAGUGAACGAUAACGAGAAAGGUAUUGGUGAUAUAGUGACAAGACUUGAUCAGAAAACAGACGAGUUUGCAGUGGCUGUGCCAUCGGUACCCGUUUCAGAUGUCGACGACUCUGAUCGAGAUGGCAUGCACAGACUUGGCUCUGCAAAUCAAAAUGCUCCUGAUGUGCAUCUCUAUAACGACCAGAAAGGACGACUGCAUGUUGUUGUCGACGCCAGUAAGUUUUCAUCGACUCUCUCACCGAAUAUAGUGUCAGGGAUGAAAGCAACUGUCGGCAAUGCAAAUGAUGUUGACAUGCUAAAUGACGAAGAGAUGUCCGACCUGACACACGUUAUGUUACGUCGCCGAUCGUCUAUGUAUCAAGCGAUGGAAAACUCUGUGAUGCCGAAAGCUCGUAGAGCCGCUCUACAAAAUCGUGAGAAACAGAAGACUGCAGAAGAGCAAUGUGGUAGUCCACAGUUGAUGCCGUUGAUGUUUCCUAAACGACUCCAGCAGAUACGACGGACUCAGUCGGUUGAAUUUCUUCCUCUAAACUCCCGAGACGCUCGACAGUUGUCUCCCUUUCUUCACUUGAGAUCGAGGAGUGAUCGACGUCAUCGUCGACCGCUUAGUGCCAUCCACAGUGCCGAUGAAGUGGAUAGUCUUGCUCUCACACUCAAUGAGAAACCGACUGCCAUUUACCCUCAGGUUUACAUUAACGACUUUAACAAUAGUCAGCAGAAAUCAUUGACGAUUACCAUACCCGGAGGAGCCACGGUCACACUGCGGCCGCCUGUGAAAUCAAAAGACGACAUGACAGAUGACGACAUGCGGCAGCACGUGCUGGUGAACUUGAUCGAGACUGAGGUGUCGUACGUUCGUUCGCUACAGACACUCAUCAAGGUCUAUUUCGAGCCCCUCAAGAGACCACGAACACCUACACUCAUCGAUGCAAGUCUUGUCGACGAGAUAUUCUACCAGAUACCGAAUCUGCAGUCGUGCCACGAGCUCUUCCUUCGCCAGUUGAUGGACAGAGUGUCCGAGUGGCAUAAUCAACAGAAAAUUGGUGACAUCUUUGUCAACCAGUUUUCUAAGUGUAUGCUGUCAGAUGCGUAUGCUGCCUUUAUCAAUCACUACCUUCAGGCUAAGGAGGCGGUCAGGACUGCGGCUAUUCAGCGACCUGCUUUCUCAAAAUUCUUGGAGCUAUGUAGUCGAGAGCACUCAGACAAGCUGACGUUGAACGACCUCCUCAUUCAGCCAGUACAGAGAAUUCCAAGAUACGUCUUGUUGCUCAAGGAUAUGCUGAAGCACACGUCACACGACCAUCCCGAUCACAACCAUCUUCUCUCCGCAAUCAGCGAGCUAACAACGUUGGCCGAAAAGAUGGAUCAAGGCGAGUGGGAAGCCGCUGAAGCAGAGAAACUCAGAGAACUCGAGGCGACAUUCGAAGGCCACGUGUCGUUUGCUGCGCCAAAACGUUACGUUCUCUGUCAGGACAAGGUUCAGCAAGUGAUGGAGGAUGAACAAGUGAAGGACCGUCUGUUGGUCAUGCUUUCCGAUUUUGUCAUCUGUGCCGCCAUUCGACGUCCACGGAGUUCGACGUUCAAGCGACGUGGCUCGGCAAGAUUUUCGUUGGCUUUAUUGCCGUCUACAAGUAUGUAUGAAAUCAAGCACAAACUUUUGUGGAAGGCAACGUUUAGUGAUGUUAUUCUCGUGAAGUCUCUUGAGGCAUUGGUUCCGACUCCAUACACAUCGUUGAUAUUGCCGCCUUCGUUGACGGCGAGUGUGAAUAGACGUACGAGUUUUGGGGAGAAGACGACGGUUGAGAAGCUUCAGCACGACUCGGCGUGCCUGCAGCAGAUUGCUGGCCUCGUCAAGCAGCUCUACAUUCAUCACGCUCAACUCGACGUGGCGAUCCGUGAGCUGGACACGGACGUAAAAGAGCAAAUCGAGAUCCAGAAGCAAACGGAGCUGCAACUGUCACUCGUCAAAGCGAGACUCGGCGUCAUCCUACACAACAACAACGGAGACCCGAUGACGUACACUUUUCAGUUCGCAUCCGAGCAGCGAAAGAAAGAGUGGAUCGACGAGUUCGAGGAAGCAAAGAAAAAAUUUUUUGCUGCCGAGGACUCAAACGUCACGUGGAAUCCGCCUGCGACAACCGCGUCGUACCUGAGUAACUUUGAUAAGGCGAGAGCUAAUUCGGAACACGAGUUAUUCAUUCCCCCCGAACCGCAGUUCUACAAGCCGAUCCCGCUGAUGAAGACACGAAGUGGAAUGCGAAUUUCGUGUGCGGCAACGAGCAUCAGUCCUGCUUUGUCACAUCACGGCAGCCUUGGCAGUGGCAACCUGUGGAUCUGUGCGAGCGACGGCUGCGUGGGUCAAGUCGGUAUCGUAACCGUUGACGGGGCAGCACCACACGAGAUGGUCUGCAUAACCGUGUGUGCGUGUCAGAUCACAUGCAUCGUUCCCGUUCCCGACAUGACGAAUGAACGUGAACGACGUGAGAGCACAAUCGGGAUAUUGAGACAGACAGCAAAUAAAGAGCCAGUGCAACGAUCGUUCAGUAACUCGUCGGACGUCGUCCGGGAACGAUCCCGAGCGUCGGCGCUCAUCAAACGGAGUCACAGUUUCGGCGAUCGUGCGAGGAGCUCGUCGCAGCCGACACUCACCAUGGGAGUGAACACCGAGAAUCACUCGUUACGAUUCUUCUCCUUAUCGUCUGCUUCAUCCAUGAGACUCUACUCUCAUCGUCAGGGGGACACGAACCAGUUGCUAGAGCAUCUGUCCAGCCUUCCAGGCCCUGAAUCGGAAGCUUGUUUGUAUCCAGAAUCGAACGUGAGUGACCUCCGAAGUCAAUCGUCGGUUGAUAUUUCCACGAUUCGUGAGUCUUUGGGCAUUCAGCAGGCAGAGAUGGCACCACCGGAUUCGUCGCCCGUUUCGUCGUUGAGCAGCACAAGUUCAACACCGUCGAAUAGCCCGGCAACGGCUCUAGGACACGGUCGAUUGGUGCGAGGUGGCUCGCCUGUUGAUGGACGCUGCAUGCAUACGGAGAUACCCGAGGAAGGCGAGUCGCACGUUUCUAGUUCGUUGAGUUCCGAUCUCUGCUGUCUUAAAGUCCCAACGAUGUGGCUGGGAACGGAAGAGGGCUCAGUUUUGGUGUAUCAUGCGAGCGACAGCAUUCGAGUACGACAGAAGAGGACAAAGAUCGAGUUUGGGAGUCCGGUGGUCACGAUGAGCUACUUGAAAAAUCGCGUUUUCGUCUCUCUGAAGAAUGGAGUCGUUUAUGCAGUGAGUCGAGCUGAUGAUGGCUGCUGGGAUAUUCAGAGUAGAGAGCAGGUGCUCGUCGGGAGCGGGGACGUGCCGAUCACGUGCAUGAAAUCGGUCUUGGACUACAUGUGGUGCAGCAGUCGAAACGUUGUUCACAUCGUGUCGCCGCUCUCACUGCAAACAGAGAGACACUUUCAAGCUCAUAAUGAUCAAUCUAAGACGGUGACACACAUAUCUGCAGCUGGACUAACCGCAUGGAUAGCGUUUGAAAAGAGUCCCGAAGUCAAACUCUUCAAUGCCGUGACUCUCCAGGUAUUAGCCGUCGUUGACGUUCGAUCCGAAGUGAAGAGAAUAUUACAAGGCUCUAACGGCAUCGUCCGUCAACACAAGAUCUCACAACUUCGCGUAACAUGUUUACAGCCAUGCGAAGGCCUGUUGUGGAUCGGAACGAGCGCUGGAGCGAUGCUAACAAUGCGGAUGCCCGUGAUCGAGGAAGACACGUCGUCCGUACUCGAUCUCCCGACUCUCUCCAGUUCGUAUCUCGGCCACAGUGGCGUUGUUCGCUUCGUGACCGCCCUAAGGAAACAAACGGCCGUCGACGACGAACACGCCGACUCCGACUUUGUACGUUCACUCGCCGAUCGUGGCUCAACUGACAGCCUUCCACAAUCCGUAUCACACACGAGACUCUCCCGAAUGAAGAAAGACACCACAGACGAGUUUCUGUCCGCGAAUCGUCGUAUGCACAAUCGUACGUCAUCCGACGUAUCGACUAUCAGUGAUUGUACAAUUUUCUCAGAGUCCGAGCCUCCUGCUGAGUCUCAGAUUAUUGUGGUGAGUGGCGGAGACGGAUUCGAAGACUUCCGUACGAGCGCUGACGAUCAGGUGGUCGGCAGAGACGACAGCACGAGUCAUAUAUUGACUUGGCUCGUCUAGUACGUCGACCGGUGAAUUAGAUGUAUCUAGUGUUGAACAGAUGUAAGAGAAAGAGGUACAACAACGUUUCUAUAUGAACAUUCUAGAGGUAAUUGGCGUGUAUUGUGGAGCCGAGACGACACACUGGAAACGAUUGGAUCCAAUUCUAUUGGCUUGCUCUCGUGUGAUUGGUCGGUCAAGUCGGCAAGACGUUGAUUUGUACUUUGGAUGUCUCGAGUCACACUGAGGUCUCUGUGCUCCAAGUUCGAUCAGACUUUCAGAAGUAUAGAUAACAGAACGCUUGAAGCUCGACGGUUUAUUACAAAGUAGAUGCAUGGCCAUCGUCAUGGAGUAUUUGUGAAUAUAUCAAUUUGAUGGAUUACUUCGUUAAAC